AUGUCUGACAUUACUGACAAGACCGCUGAGCAGUUGGAGCAAUUGAACCUCCAAGAUGACCAGCAGACUGCGCCAAGCUCUACGUCUACUGAAAGCGCUAAAGUUGACUCCUCCUCUGCUUCGUUGUACGUUGGUGAGCUCGACCCUUCGGUGACCGAGGCUUUGUUAUACGACAUUUUCUCUCCAAUCGGAUCCGUUGCCUCGAUUCGUGUCUGUCGCGACGCCAUCACCAAGACUUCGCUAGGAUAUGCGUACGUCAACUUUCACGACCAUAACGCCGGCAGAACUGCGAUCGAAAAGCUAAACUACACACCUAUCAAGGGCAGACCUUGCCGUAUCAUGUGGUCUCAACGCGACCCAUCGCUCAGAAAGAAGGGUUCAGGUAACAUUUUCAUCAAGAAUUUGCAUCCGGUUAUCGACAACAAGGCUUUGCACGACACCUUCUCUGUCUUUGGCAACAUUUUGUCCUGCAAGAUCGCUGUCGAUGAAACUGGCAAGUCCAGAGGUUUUGGUUUCGUUCACUUUGAGAGCGAUGAAUCCGCCAGAGAAGCCAUCGAUGCCAUUAACGGUAUGCUCUUGAACGGUCAAGAAGUUUACGUUGCUCAACACGUCUCCAAGAAGGACCGUCAGUCCAAGUUGGAAGAAGCCAAGAGACAAUUCACCAAUGUGUACGUCAAGAACAUUGACCCUGAGGCCACCCAAGAGGAAUUCGAAGACCUUUUCACCAAGUAUGGCAAGAUCACUUCUGCCGUCAUGGAGAGGGAUGCCGAGGGUAAGCCAAGAGGUUUUGGUUUCAUUAACUUCGAAGACCACAACAGUGCUGCUAAGGCCGUCGAAGAAUUGAACGACCAAGACUUUAAGGGCCAGAAGUUGUACGUGGGGCGCGCUCAAAAGAAAUACGAGCGUUUGCAAGAUCUAAAGAAGCAAUACGAGGCUUCUAGACUUGAGAAAUUAGCCAAGUACCAAGGUGUCAACUUGUUUGUCAAGAACUUGGAUGACAGCAUUGACGAUGAAAAAUUGAAAGAGGAAUUCUCCGCUUUUGGAACCAUCACAUCCGUUAAAGUUAUGAGAGACGAUGCUGGUAACUCUAAGGGUUUCGGAUUUGUCUGCUUUUCCGCUCCCGAGGAAGCCACCAAGGCCAUCACCGAAAAGAAUCAACAAAUUGUUGCUGGUAAGCCUCUAUACGUUGCCAUUGCUCAAAGAAAGGACGUGAGACGUUCGCAAUUGGCUCAACAGAUUCAAGCCAGAAACCAAAUGAGAUACCAACAGGUUACUGCUGCUGCUGCUGCUGCCGCCGGUAUGCCUGGACAAUUCAUGCAACCAAUGUUCUAUGGUGUUAUGCCACCAAGAGGAGUCCCAUUCGGUGCUCCAAACCCUCAACAGAUGGCUGCCAUGGGUGGUAUGCCAAAGAACGGCGUCCCCCCACAACAAUUCGGUAGACCUGGUGCUCCAAUGUACGGCAUGCCGCCCCAGGGUCCUCAAGGUGGAUAUCCAAGAAACGGCAACCAAUUCUUCCACCAAAAGCAAAGACAAGCUUUGGGUGAGCAACUUUACAAGAAGGUUUCUGCUAAGACCGAAGACGAAGAGGCUGCCGGUAAGAUCACCGGUAUGAUCUUGGACUUGCCACCUCAAGAAGUUGUUCCAUUGUUAGAGAACGAUGAGUUGUUCGAGCAGCAUUUCAAGGAGGCUUUUGCCGCUUUUGAGUCUUUCAAGAGAGAUCAGGAGGCUCAAGGUCAAGCUCAAAGCGCUCCAAUCUCCGAGUAA